AUGCCACAGAAGACCCAGGAAACUGGUCAGACAACCUUCUCCUUCACUCUCGGCAUUCACGCAACUCUGAAGUCAAAUUUGGGCUGUAGUGCAGCUGAACUAGUUUUUGGCACUACCCUCCGACUGCCAGGCGAGAUGGUCAUCCUAACGUCCCUUGGUGCCGACGAGACCCUUGGCAAUUUUGUGCACCGUCUGCGGCAAUUUAUGCGCUCACUUUCCCCGGUUCCACCUCCAGCACCAACGACCGAGUCUUAUGUCGAAAAGGGUUUGGACAGCUGCACUAAUGUGUUUGUCCGGUGUGAUCGUGUGCGCCAGCCGCUGGAAUCACCAUACGAAGGACCGUUCCGUGUGCUCGCACGCAAUGUCAAGAUCUGCCGGAUCCUUCGCGAUGAAAAGGAGGACGUGGUCAGAAUCGAUCGGGUUAAGGCUGCUGUCGCAGAGGGGCUGCCGCACCUGCUUCAAGAACAAGACUGA